UGUCAGAGAGAGAGAGAGAGAGAGAGAGAGAGAGAGUCUAACGCAGCAGUUUAUUAGCGUGAACGCACGCGGAACUGAAUGAGUGCGCGCGAGCUUUUCCCUGAUAAACAGAUCAUUUUACACAAGCGUGACAAUUGCAAUAAACGGAACGAGGACAUGUGGAGGACAUGUGGACAUGAGGACCACCUUAUGCCUUAAAACGAAGCUCCGGAGUUUAUGACGAAUUUAUUUUAGAUGACUGUGAGUUUUUACUCAGCAGGAAGGGGCAGAGCUCGAGCGCUGUGUUACACGGGCAGACAGAAAAAAAAAAAAAUCAGCUCAUGCAACAGGUCAAAAACACCAAGCACAGUCUGAAUCGAUGGACCUGACUUUUAACAGCAGAAGGUGUGAAGCCUGCUGACUAAAGACUUUUUCAGGAUGAGAUGUCAUAUGAAAAAGGUUGUACAGGCACUCGUUGGUCUGCUCAUCUUUACCUGCUUUUAUAUCUCCUUGAGAAGAACAAAAGAGGCAGAAGAAGAAAUAGAACCCGUGGAUGCGGCCUGGAUUAUAGGAAACUACAGCAGUGAAAAAUGCUCUCAGGAGCCUCUGAAAAACAUCAUGUGUCUCAGAUCUUCGGUUCGAGUGUUAGCAGGAGAUAUUCAGCCUGAGCAAAGGUAUCUCACCGUAGGCCUCUCCUCUGUCAAGAGAGAGAAAGAGAAUUAUCUCUUACAAACUCUUCAUUCCAUCUUCAAUCAGUCAUCAGAGGAGGAGCUUUCUGAGAUGGUGGUGGUGGUUCUUCUGGCUGAUUUUGACCUGAAAUGGGUUCAAGAAAUGCUCAGCAGCAUAAAUAAGCUUUUUCCUAAAAGAUUGAUCCAGGGUCAGCUUCUGGUAAUUCAUGCUGAUGAGGAAAACUACCCUCCCCUGACAGGUCUGAAAAGGAAUUUUAAUGAUGCUCCAGAUCGCGUGACCUUUCGUUCAAAGCAGAAUGUAGACUACGCCUUCCUGGUGGACUUCAGUGCCAGGCUUUCAAAGUAUUACCUCAUGCUGGAGGAUGACGUGAGUUGCUCUAAAGGAUUUCUGUCCUCUAUUCGGGGUCACAUUUAUUCAAAAGGAUCUUCUCCGUGGGUGACUCUUGAGUUCUCUAAGCUGGGAUACAUUGGGAAAUUGUAUCACUCCAAAGAUAUCUCUCGUCUGGCUCACUUUCUAUUUCUGUUUUACCAGGAAAUGCCUUGUGACUUUCUCCUGUCGCACUUCCGCACUUUGUUAAUGCAGGACAAGGUCAUCCGCUUUAGCCCGUCCCUCUUCCAGCACAUGGGAACGUAUUCAUCUUUUCGUGCAAGGCACAAUAAACUCAAAGAUGACGAGUUCCAUGAUAAUCCUGCUGAUAACCCUCCAGCCUCUGUUUACACUGACAUCAAAGUUUUUAAAGACCACACACCAGACAAAGCCUACAGUCAAGGAAUGAACUAUUUCUGGGGCAUGGCCCCUAUAAACAUAGGGCAGGUCUUUAUGGUUGCUUUUGAGAAACCUGUCAUCCUCUCACGUAUUGUGAUUCAGACAGGGAAGGAUGGGAUCGACGUUCUUCAGUCUGCUGUCGUGGAGCUCUGUAAAACGUUUCUGGUAACAACCAGUGGAGCCCAGUGCACCGAAAAUCACAGUUUAGGCGUACUGAAAGACGGACAAUUUGACCAGGUGGUGAACAGAUCAGUAUCAUAUUUAAAUAUCAGAGUAACUGCAAAUCAGAGUAAUUGGGUGAUCAUAAGAAAUAUCCAGGUCUGGUUAAAAAAGUGAAGUCGGAAGACGUUUACCGUUAUGAAACAGGAAUAUAAGGUCGGAUCUUACAUUCAAGAACGCUGUUUUAUUUGCUUGGUUACGAUAAAAGUCGCUGUUUGAAAAGCGGAACAACGAGCAUCGACGAUCUGGGAGACCAAAGAAAGGUUAAAAAUUUGCCUCAUUCCAUGAAUUUGGAAACAGUCGUGAGUUAAAUCAGGACCAAACAUGUGCUGUAGCAUCUAAUGGGAGCAGAUUUACAAUUUGAUAUCACAGAAUUUUACUAAUAAGCUAUAGUAAAAGGUACGGUUACAUAGCAUAGGAUUUAUAAGGUGUUGUGGAGGGAAAGUAGGUUGAAAUGAGCCACAACUCCUAUCAGCCUACAUAUUUGGUGACAGGAAAAGGAUCUGCACAAUGUAUGUAUGAAAAGUGCUUUCAGGUUUAAUGUUACGGGUUGCGCUGGAAAAAGCGUCAAGAAACUGUAGAGCGUUUCGCCGAGGUAAACGAUAGCAAUGCCAAUGGCGCUGUUUUUAUAUGUAAAGCAGUCAAAAACAACAGGAACAGGCGAACAUAGGACACUGAGCAGGAUGUGAUCGAAUAAAUGUGAGAAGGAUUUUUGUUUGCUCGACUCUGAGGCGUAUUAUUAUUAUUAGGUUACUGUAAACUUACUGUGGUUUCGGUGCUUUCUUAGUGAAAAGGGAGAGGAAUAUUUGUUUUAAUAAUGCAGCCUGUGUUUGGUGAAAUCUGAGGAAGGCACAAUGACCUCAGCAUGCGUGACAUCCUUGAGUAACUAGCAAUCACUACAACAAUUCCAGCUUAUCUCUGAGCAAAAGACAAAGCAAAGCAAAGUUCUUGGAUUCUUUUCCAUGUGCUUUUUUCAGGAUGCGCUUUUAGUUGUUUUUUUUAACGGGUUGCUCUUAGCAUGAAGGAACUUCUACCAACUUAACAACAUGAUGUUCUGUCAUUAACUCAAGCUGCUAGUCGCAUAUAAAUAGACUUUAUAUCCUCAGCCGUGUUUUGACGGAAUGAGGUUUUACCGUCAGCCGACCGCUCUAGGAACAGAAAUGCUAUUUUAUGCACUCAUGGAUAGUUUUCUAUGCAAAACUAACGGUUUCAUUUUAAGUUUAAGUUUUAUGAAGGAACCAGUGAUAUUAGGGGAUUAUAUUGGGGUGGUGGAGGCUCAACUGGUGGCUCUGGGUUGUUGAUCGGAGGAUCGGGGUUCAAGGCACAGCACAGCCAAGCUGCCACUGCUGGGCCCUUGAGCAAGGCCCUCAACCCUUCCUGCUCCAAGGGCGUUGUAUCAUAGCUGCCCCUGCACUCUGACCCCAACCUCCUCAGUUGGGGUAUGUGAAGAAAAGGAUUCCACUGUGCUGUAAUGUAUAUGUGGCGAUAAUAAAGGCUUUUAUGCCCCCCUUCUCCUCUUAAACACCAAUGCAGUUAACAACAAAGGACAAGAAUGUUGAACACUGCCAAGGUUAGAGAGGUUGGGUUAUUCCAGGAGGAGACUAUCGAAGAGGAUAUGUAUUAAUGUUCAAGCAUCUUUCUUAACAUGCUGAAAAAAUGUCAUAGACACUGGCAGGAAGGAGAGUUUUUGUUUCUUGUAACAUUGACAAGAAGAAUGUGGAAAAAGCAGGAGACAAUGUUGUCCUCUCAGGGAUCAGUGGGGUUUACAACACAAACUUUAUCCUAUGCCUUAAACUACUGGACAGUCUCUAAAUAGGUCUCUUACAUUUAUAAAAUAACUCUGGGGAUUUCUGUGGUUCUAAUAAACACUGUGCUAUA